AUGCCAAUGAGCAACUGUAUCAACUGUGGGAUCAAUAAAUCCUACAUUCUAACUCAGUUCAACUCAGCAUCACUCAAAGGAGGUGUCACAUUUGGGGAUGGCUAUGAUGAGGUCCUAGCAGCCACUCAAACGCCAUGUGAAGCAGGUAAAAAGUGGUUCCCAGGUACUGCAGAUGCUGUAUGA